AUCCGGCUGCAGGCGGGCCCCACGCCCUUCCAGAGUGUUCCACCAUGAUCUCUACUCCACUUAUGAGGUGAGCAGCAGAGCAGACGAGAGCACGAGCAGAGCCGCGCCAGCAAGUGACACGCGGGCAGGUCAACGAUCCUCGCGCCUCCAUGGCGUGCAUCAUGUGCAUGGCGUCCUCGCCCUCCGCGCUCGCGUCCGUCGCCAAGGCCGCCGCCCUCCCCGUCCCUCCGCCGCCGUCGGCGUCCGCGGGCGUGGCAGUGGCGCGGCGGCGCGCGCCGGUGGUGGCAACCGUCCUGCGCGACUGCUCGGGCGGCCACGCGCGGCGCAGCGCGGCGCUGGUGGCGGCCUCCGCGCUGGAGGACCUGCGCCCGGCCAUGGACGAGUACCCCGAGGGCGUCCUGUCCGGGGAGUGGCCCGGGAACUUCUCCCUGCUCAGCUACGCCGACCUCCGCGCCUACCUCGAGUCCCAGAUCACCACCGCCGGCGAGAUAGAGUCAACUGUUGGUGAAGUGAUGUCGUCCCCUGCUAUAACUCUGACACCUGACAAGACUGUCUUGGAAGCUGCUGCUCUAAUGCUCAAGGAGUAGGUUCACAGGAUACCGGUCGUGAAUGAACAGCAGAUAGUGAUCGGGAUUAUCACCCGCACGGACGUGUUCCAGGCUUUGGAGGCCAACAACGGAGCAUGAUCAGAUCCCUGCUUGUUGACUUGUUCAAUUCUCACCACUGGUGGAUCGCCGAAUGUUGCUAUUUGUACAUAUGAUCAAUCAGACUUCUGAUCCGUCUUGUCAAUCAUAGCCGUGUAAUAAUAGUAAUUAUCUGGGUGUGUUAAACUGAAGCUUACGAUCGAGUACGUGUGAUCUACACAUGCCAUGUUUCCGACUUCCUUAGGUGUAAGUGUGCCGGAUCCAUAUUGUACUGUUGAGUUUAGCUGCUCGUUCCUCCCUCCAUUCCAAAUUAAAUAUAGAUCAUUUUGUGUA